AUGUGCCACUUCGAAGCUCGGCUGCGAUCUGGGUACGCCAUCCUGUUCUCGAUGCAUCAACAGGAACAAACGAUGCCAAACGAUCCGCAGACUUCACGAUCAGGAACCGGGACCCAACAUGAGCAGAACCCAUUUCAGCAACUCGCAACCGAAGGACCUGUGGGUGUUGGGGAGAAUGUACCCCUUCACGCCGGCAGUUCCGUAGAUCCUACUCUGGAUCUUGACGAUGCAUUCAGAACUUCCCCCUCGAAUGUCAUGGGCCUGUCACCGUCUCUGGAUAUGAAUCUCGGCCAUUGGCCAAUAGACCAGUCCCAGACGGCACAAGAUAGCCCCGAGAGCCUAGCUGGUGGAAUGUUUAGAGACCCGGGAAUGAGCCCAGGCUGGCUCAGGCGGAAUUUCUACCCUUUCGACGCGUCUCGGAGCGAAAAUAGCGAGUCCUCUCCUCAACCAUGGCAAGCAAACGACCCCUGGGCGUCGAGGGGAACGAUCAUGACUCCGGACGGCUGUAGGCCAGCUGGAAUGAACGAUAAUGUUGCCAAUCCCUCCAUGACCACCGGCCUUGCUGGUGACGAAUUGAAUUUUGAUCUCCUUGGGUCUCUUGGAGUUUUGACGAGGAAUCGUAUUACUCCGGCUCUAGACCCCGGGCAGGCGCCGAUGGAGGGUUAUCUGCAGACCGGAAUCCCAAGAGAUAACUUGAAUCUUAGACUAGACACCUCCGCGAGGAAUCUCAUUGCCAUCGACCCGAAUCUUUCUCAAGAAGCCCGAGGCGACGGACAAGGCUCCUCUACGCUACACGAUGCUGUCAAACCCUCCUACGAUCAAACCUCCCUAACCCUACGUGGCAAACCGGACGACAUGACCCGCCCUUCUCCCUACCCUUACUUCAAAUUCCCUUCCAGCGAAGAACUCGUUCGAAUUAUCUCCAGCUACCCUAGAAUAAUGGUUCGACCCGGCGAGUACCCCCCUUUCGUGCAUCAUAAACUCUAUCGCUGCUCGACCGGCGACAUACCGGAGCCUCUGGCCAAGGCUUUUUGUUGCAUCGGUGCCUUUUAUUCCUCUGUUCCCACGAGCAAGAAUUACGUCUACAACCUUCUGAAUGAGGAAAGUGGAGCGCUCGUCAAGGAAUUUCAAAAAUGGUCCGGGUCGGAUGGCGAUAUGUUGGCGGUUGUGCACGCCAUGUGCAUUUACCAGAUCCUUGGCUUCUUCGUUAGCAAUAGCCCCGACCAAGUGCGUCUUACAGAACUGCAGCACGUGUUUUUCUUGAAGAUGACACGACGCUUGAUUCAGCAAUACCUUCAGUCUCCUCCGGGUGGCGACAGUGAGGAAGCCAACUGGAGAAAAUGGAUCAUAAACGAGACGAUUCGUCGGACCCUCUUCCUGGUGAACACCAUCAACACGCUAUCUUGCAAGACCCAAAGACAAGACGCAUACUACUACGAACCGCUCGACGAUAACCUCAUAAGGAAUAUGGUUCUCCCAGCUCCUGAUUCCCUAUGGAAGGCAUCCUCAGCCGAAGAGUGGCUUAUCGCCAAGGCUCAGCUGGACCCGAAUACCGAAGCCCGGAGCAGACUUACAGUGCAACAAGUUCUUAACCAGAUCGACGCCGAUAGAAACGAAAGGCAUGGUGUUGGGCCGGGAAUGAUGCAACAGCCACUGGCGGGCGGUAGCUGGAAGAUUUCUUACGCCGACCUUGACGAGUUCACGAGGCUCAUUCUAUCCACGGUUGGGUCGCCACUUGCUGAGGGAGAGUGA